GGGGCCUCAAUUGAUUUGCAAAUAAUUGGAAACUUUAAUUCGACAGAAAAUAAUUAAAAACUGUCUGGCUUGCCACUCAAGUCUUGUCAAUUCCCAGAAGCAUCUUUUGAAAAGUGAUCGCUGCGACCUGACGAAGCUCAAAGCCCUGCCGCUGCACGAAAUUUAAACCGUGUACGCUUGAAGUGCAACGUGGAGUACCACCUUCGUAUCUCCCUGCGGCGAUCAUUUGUGCAACUCGACCAUUUCUACCGCAGAGGAGUGGAGUAAGGCCAAGCAAAACAAAAACUGCCGUGACUGAAUAACGUUUUGCGCCACCGACUGGUAGAGAGCCCGGGGUUAUAAAACAUUUAGCACCGACCGUGAAUUAAGCUUAAUUAUGACGUCCCAGUUGGGCCCUUUAGGGACGAACACUUCAACUCAACCAGUACAGAGACAAUCAGGUAGUAAAAGAAAGCGAUCACAAACUCGUGACUUGUCGCCUCCAUUGACUCCUCUAUCUCCAUCCGCAUCUCAUUCAAAACGAAGUGAGACUUCAACAUCCGCCUUCGAGCUGAUCGAAGCCGAGGUAAGCAUAUAAGUACAUUGUAAACCAAGUCAAGUAGUGAACCGAUCACUGUCUGCACUUGUCACAAUACACUUGAUCCUUUAGCGCGUUUAAGUCGCUCGUUCAGCUAAGUGAUCGACUCAGCAACCUGACGUUUCGUCAUAUAUGGCGGUAGGCUAAAAUUCGCCAAGUCCUUGCAUAACUUUGAAAAUCAUCGCUGCCAGUUUUGACGGUAUCGAUGUUGUGAGAGUGUGUCACACCGGUAUACCACAGCGCAUGCUACCUUUCGUAAGAUAAUAGGGUUAUUAACUCCAUAUGCCUUUUCAUUUGAUAGGAACGAGUCCUUGGGCUCCAUGGAGUAAGCACAGUCAGUGGAUCGGGCGUCGUAUCGUCGCCAUCCGCCAAUGUUACAAGUGCAGGUAUAGUGUCGUGUGCACCUCGUCUGUCUCAUACUCCACCUCACGACUUCCGUGAGGUUCUCGCCUCAUCGAUGCAACCUCAAGCUCAUCAAUACUACGCUCCGCAGUAUAAUCCGUUACACUUUCAACAGCAGCAACCUCCAAGGUUCGACUUUUCGCACCCGCUAGAGCCGUUUCAAACAGCGCAUUCACAGCAAUACAGCAAUGGACCAACAGGCUUUCACCCAACUACUGGGGCGCCUCAUCAAUCUAUGGCCGGGCCUAAUCAUCCACAGCCUGUGUCGCAGCAUCAAGCACGCCAUCCUGUUCUCCGAACACGGCCGUCCGAUGUGGAAGCUUUGCAACAAGCGCACAUAAAUCAUCAGUUUGCUGGAGCGGCCAUGGAACACGCGAGGAGAAGAGAGGUGUAUUCAGCCGUACGUAGGCCUGAUAUGUUCGAUAUGUUAUCAACGACCAAUAUACCGGACGCGCAGGUAAAUGACACAAAUUUUGCUCUUUUCCUUAGUUGUCACAGUGUGCUGUUCUUCUAAAAUUGAAGCCAAAAAAAUUCGAACUUUUCAGAGAGCUUCGGUUUCUUCUCCGCCAUUUGCACGCGCUAGGGAUGCGACGCAACGGCAUCACAACGUGCGAGGGCAGAACGAAAGAACAAAUAAAACUGUAGAGAAAAUAUCAGAGGAAGCCGCUUUUUUAUCCUUUCAGGCAUGAAGCAGUCGGUAAUGCCAGUUACGGUUUUUGAGAUAACCACGAGCAUCCGUUGUGGGUCUUAAACAUCUGUGAUCAUUGAAAUUCAGGUGCUGACUGACACCCUCCUUAUAGAGCGUGUGAGCAAACUAAAUCUUAAGAUACGCCAAUCUUCAAGGUCACAAGUGACAAUUUUGAGUUCUCCGGUCAAUAUUAUCUUUAAAGCCUGUAGCGUUAUACCUAGUGCUGUUUAUAGCUAACACUCAAGCUAAAUUUCCUUUCCAUUCAACUGCCUUUCAAGUCCGCGGCAAUAUACCACCCUGCCUUUAUUUGCCUUAUCAAGCCUUCCUUCGGAGCAAAGCCGAAAAUCGAUCGCAAAGUCAUGUGGCGCGAAGUGGUUUGUUUUCAAGUUUUAACCGGCGCCGUUGAUAACUAGGAAGUUUGCUCCCUACAAUUUUGAACAAUGUGUGUGUUUUUGUGGAACAGUUGCCCACAUCAAUAACAUGAAAAUACGAGAAAAAGUCACGAUAGCGCGACGUAUGACAAUGGAUUCCUUAAGCCCUAAGACAAAAAGCGCUUGAGUAGCGUGAGGUGUUGCGGUUUGAAACGGAAGACUUCUACUAAUAUCUCUUUUCUAGCUUUUUUAACAAUGCUUUCUAGACUACCCUGUUGAAGUUAAUGAAUAACGGUUGUCCGGGCUAUUUUAUACGGGAAACAAAGAGUUCAAAAUGCUAACUACUUUCUUAACAAAAACCGAACAAAUCAUUUGCAAGGGAAAGUGUCACUCCAGGUGAAAAUUUAUAGGCGUUGAGCUGAACACAUAAAAAUUACCAUCGACACCUUCUUCGUGACUUCCUAGCGUUUUAGUGUUUGGGAAACGGGUGCCUAUUUAUGAAGAAUAGGUGUUUGAACAAAGCUUAAAUCAUGCCAUUUUGAAGUUUUCAAACACCCCAUGUGGAGCAGAAGACAUAAAUAAAUUCGAAACAUUCGUCUAUCAAUACUCUUAUACCACAGUGAGAUCUAAACAUUAUGAAAGGUGGACCGUAAAGAGCAUUCUUCGUGAGAAAAGAGAGUUUUUCAAUUACAAAAUCUUACAGUCGACGAAAAAAGGUGAUGACGAGUCGGUCGCAGUAUAUAUACAAACACUUCUCAUUUUCGCCUCAUUGACCACAAGUCGCUGUUACUAUCAUGAAAAAUUGGAAGCGAGAGGGUUGAUGUCUGUUGGUAGGAAAUUGAAGUUAAAAUGCACCUCAACAAUACAUUGAAUCCUUUCUACUGCAUUUAAUGACUUUUUUUUGGCAAUCGCAAGAAGCCGCUUGCCGAGGCGCCUAGAUUUUUGAAUAGGCAAUAUAUCAAUAUAUCGUGGUCUUCUGUGUUUAGACGUCUUCCUUUUUGAGCUCUCAGUAGGGAGCAAUUAUAAAACAACCACAGAGUGGCUCGCUCCGUCGAACAUUCUAUUCAUUGUAUCCGAUAACACUGACGUUUUCCCCAAGUUGUAUUUUCUGGAAAAACUCCUCUAGGAACUUUUCAUAAAAAAAUUCAGUCUCUUUGCCAGUGUUUACGAUCGUACGGCUGUAUUUAACGGUUUAUCUUCACGUUUCUUUUCACGGCGGAUCAAUGUUGACCCCAGAGCACUUUACAGCCUAUUGGUAAAGGUGUAAAACACUCCAGGUUUCCUAAUCUCAUUUGCUUAGUUUACUUUAAGAUUUCAAAGUGAUUUUCAAACACGCGACUUAGCCAAGGCGUUUAUUGAUCAACCCUUUGACAACAGGCCCGACUAAGAGUUUCUUCGCUUCGCGAUAAUUAGCCAACAGAAAUUUCAACUGUCGGGCGUCAAGCCAACCCUCGCUAGCAAAAAUUACAAUGAAAGGGCGGAAGGCAUUAAAUAGAUCUGCGGCUUUGAAAUAAAAACGUAGCGAUUAGCAAAACCAUUUCGAAGCCCACAACAACACAUUUGUUCUUUGAUAAUUUGGUGAAUUUUUUUGCAUCUUUCGUCGACUACUUGUUCCAUAGUAUAUAGAUUACACCUUCACAGCUUGGGUGCUUUCAAUUCAAACGAUCCCUUUGAAACAAAAGAAUAGCCAACAGUAUUAGAAAGAAAAUUUCGUUGGCCGACUUUUAAACAAGGAUGUGUUCUUUGUCUCUUAAAAAAUGUCGAAUGAAAUGAUUGCUACGCCAUACAAAGACACCUAAAUAUUUAUCUAGCAUUCAUUAUUAUCUUUUUUUCUUUGCGCUUACAGAAUCAUCGAUCUGGAUUAAACAAUAAAAAUGGAGAAACACCUAAUCACCACAGUGUACGAGACGGUAAGUGAAGAACUUUAUAAUUUUUCGUUUGAACGACUCUGUUCUGUUUAAAAAUGUAGCUUAAAGGGACACAACAUGCAAAGGCUUUGUCUUCUAGUUUUCUUUAGUCACAGUUGAUGUUUUGAUCCAGAAAAUAAAAGUUUAGAUCCAUGUUGCGUAAUAUAACAUCAGCACUACAGGAAAGUACAACUCAACGAUUUUCAUUAGAAUCAUGAGUUCACACUUCUAGUUUGUAUCCAUAAACGUCAUUAUCUUAAGAGGGGAAUGUAAUAAGGAUUACGAGCAGUCCGCCAAAGACUGAAUCCCCUGUAACUUUCCAACUUUUCAAAUCAGCCCUUAUCGUGUUUAUGAAGACAAGAAAAUAUCUAAUUUACUUUAGUCAGAGGGCAAAACCUUAUCACCUUAUUUUCUAAUAAAAUCGCCGAGAAAAGCUUUUACUGCAGGUGUGUAAAAGAUCUUCAUAGUCAGCAGACAUUUAGCGUGGUUGUUCUAGAAAUAGACAUUUCCUUUUUCUGAACACCAGCUAAACUUUGAAUAGUCAGUCAAUGAUAUUGGCAGUGAACAGCAAUUCAUUCACCCUGCCCAAUAAAAAAAGUAUAGUAUGUCAGAGUUAAGCCGCUUUUCACAUGUAUAGUGAAAAAAAAAACGAAUAAUCUUACUCGAUUUCAAAUCAUUAAAGCGUUCUGCGAGUUCUUAUUUGAUAAAAAAGAGAGGAAACGGAAAGAUUUAUCUCUUUGCGUCAGUACUUAGCGCGUUCGUCCUAUUCUCGUAAUUAAAGAAGGAUUUAAAACCCAAACAAAGGCGAAGAGCUUAAACCUCUACUUCAUGAAUUUUUCCUUUAAAAGUGUAGAGAAACUAGGUUUCGUUUGUAGGUGAUUAAAAUUGGGGUGAUGUAUCGGUGCAAAAUGGCUUCACUAAUCAAUUUUUCUACCAUGAGUACAUCGUAUGUACCUUGUCUGACAAAGAAGGAUCAUAUAGAAUUUUCAAUUGAGCAAAUGUGCAUAAGUUAUUUAUCUUUUCCAUCAUUAGUGGAGAGACAAUAUUUUGCUCGAGUCAUCAAUCUGCCUUUGACAAUAAAUGGAAAGAACUGAAAUAUAUAACUGGCCAUGUCACAAAACAAUUCAACGCAAUAAAGAAUAAGAUUUGUGUGGUUUCCUCUUUGUUUUACUGUUCAUUUGAAGCCGUGCAUUAUUGUGAGUACAAUUCUUAUCCAACAGUGUUCUUCCAUUUCUUUUUCUUUUUUUUUUCGUUGUCUGUUAACAAAAAUAUAGAAAAAUAAAGGAAUAUGAGCCAUCUAUUGACCUGAAAAAAUCGUGUUUGUUGAAGAGAACGUUUAAUUUAUUUCAUAUCACCUCAGGCUGGAAAACGUAACUGAUUUUGAAAGUUUGCUUCGUUCUUUAAAGGCUUAAUUGGCCCAUUUUCAUGUUACUGUUAUUACGAUAAUUACUUCUUGCACUUAUUUGUGUUCGUGGGUUGUGUUUCACUACACAGCAGUGAACUCUAGCCCCGAGCCUGCUGACCAGGACAACUGUUUGGGCAAACGAACAUGUUCGGCCACGGGUUGCCGGCACAGAUUUAAUUCCAUGGCCUUUACCAGCUACGCAGGGUACUUGGAUAGGGCAACUUAAUAACUACUGGAAAAUUACAGUUUGUUUAGGCUUGUUAGAAAAUGCCUCUGGCUGACUCAAAAUUGUAGUAAACUACGAAUGUCAAACGAGGAAGUAAUAUUUCAUUAAAUUCAUAUUUUCUUUCUACAUUUUGUUAAAAGAAUAUCUGUUGUAAAAUGACAAAUAUCAUUCAGCCUGAAUUUAAACAUAUCUCUGUACUUUUCCAGGGGACAAGUUCUAUAUUGGAAAGACUUAAGCAAUAUCUUAUUUAGUCCCAAUAAUAUGUGUUCCUACAUUUACACAUUAACAUUGCUUAUAGCUAUUAACGAUAUUUGUUUCGCGUUAGUUUAUGCUUAUUUAUUUACCUAUUUUGCUCGACUAAAGUUCAAAUUUCUGACACUAACUCUUUAAGCUGUCAACAGUUCUGCCGUUUUAAUCAAUUGAACGGUCUCGGAAAAUUUUGUUCGGAAAUAAAGUUCUUUCAGUAGGUUUGAAUCAAGCUUUGGAAAAUGGGGGAAAUGAUGCUGUCAGAAAAAGGAUUACCUUGAACAAAAAUGUCACUGAUCAAAACCUGGCUGUUUUUCUGAAAAUGAAGCGAUUGUAGUUUAUUUUCUAGCUUUUCCGAUGUUUCUGCAGGCAGGCGGACACAGUUUUUAUACUGUUUUCGUUACUUUUCUUUGUAUUAUGAUAUUUAUUUUUCAUCAUUGUUAUUAUCGUUCUAAUGUUAAUUUCUACUGACGACAAAAAACAUCUGCUAUAAAAGUUACGCAGAAAGCUUGAAAGGGCUGUUCUUGAGGUGCAAAUUACUAAGAGCAGGUGAAUGCUUUUCUUAUGUUAAUGUUUUAUGAAAAAAUGUAGUUUUACAGGAAAUAUUGGGAAGCCAGCAGAACGCAGUCAUACAUACAUAUACCGCUUGUUCUUCACAUACAGUCAGUCAAUAAGUGUCAUCAACCGCAGUAUAUGGUGGCAGAAUUGAUAUUGGAAACAAAAGAUAAAAGUACACCAACUUUACGGCGUGUUUCCAGCGAUUAUUGCUGUCAUGACAGCUUUUUGUUCUCGUGAAAUCCUAUACCAUGCAAUAUUAUGUUUAUUUCUCUUUGAAAUUCAAAUACCCUUCUUGUUUUAAGGUGAUAAUUUUUGUUCUGUUAUAAGAAUUUGUUGACCGGACACGCGGUCUGAUAUGGUCUGAAAAACACAACUUCUAGUAUCAUAUCAAUGACACAGUUUUUAAGUGAAUAUAUUUCCCAGCAGGGGUCAACAUACACAAACAUGCGCUAAACCUCUGUAGACACCUACUCAUAACGGAUUGCUUAAAGAUUGUUCUCACUUUGAAAAAUGCGGAAGAUAAACUUUGAUAAGAUAUAUUUUUAAGUCAUCUACGGCAGAAUAAGGGUGCAAAGUAAGAAAUAUGUUGUUCGGUUUACGACGGCAGCAAAAUAAGAAUACUUGCAGAACCGCAUCGAGAAUGAAUCAAACUACUUAUUUAAGGAACUGUUUACGUAAGACUGUGGCAAAUGCUUCAGCAGAAACUAAUUUAUUUCGUAACUUUGUGACCAAAACAUCAGACUCAGAUAAAAACGUAAUAGUAGUUUGGCAAAUAUCGAAGAAAAUCUGCUUUCCAUUUUAAUUGUUUGCGACAUAACUUUCUUCAGUUGUGUUAAAUAUAUAUAGCAGAUAUCAGAAUGGGUCACUUGAAAACUCUAUGAACCAUCAAACCAUACAUCGCUAAAAAUACUCUAAUAAAACAUCUUAAUCUUAGUGACGCCAACCUAACGUUUAUUCAGAUUCUUUAAGAUGUCGGCAUCUUUUGUGCAUUGGUAAUUUUGUCGUUAUAGUUGAGAUCUAUCAUAGCAGUUUCAUGUCUCUAAUGGCCCGCUCAUGAAAAUGGGCGUUCAAAAAUUGCAGUUUUCUUCCUUAACAUCACGAAACAAAACAAACGGUUUAUCUGUGUAAAACUUUAAAAUACAGUGUCUAUUUCAAUUCUAUAUAAGAGAAUCUUGCAAACCACACAGUUUGUGACAGCCCUGGUUAGACGUUUUCUUACAAAUGCGAGUGAAUAUGUAGUUAAAACAUUGAUUUUCUGUUUAUGAUAUUUAUGUUUAUAUUUUGUGAAGUUAAUUGCAACAAGCGCACUUUGCCAGGGACGUAAUAAGUGUCCCAGCCAUUGAAUCUAUGCAGUGUUUGACGCUUGACUGAGUUGUGGUUUGUUUCAGGACCUUUGAGCGGGCCUACAUUACUAAACCAACAUUAUUCAACACGCGCCAUUUGUUCUUCGCAAUUCUACCAGAAACUUUUCCGGGGGCUAAAUUGAUAGAGUUUUUAAUCCUCGCUUUAAACCAUAGUAGUCUGUGCCUCGCAGCUAUCAUGACCGUUUUUUGUCUGGAGAGUUCAGUUAUACGCGCUCUGUUAUUAAAAAAGUUGAGAUGACUGUUCUUCAAGGUAAAGAGUUUUGAGGCUAAAAUGUACAUUUGCUGUCAGUUAUCGGGUGUAUUUGGGUAACUCAGAAUGGUUCCCAAAAUCCAAAAAAUGAAAUGAGUGACAUGCCCUUGCCAAACAGAGGAGAGAAAGUUGGUUGAUUUAAUUCGCAUGUUCCGGCCUUAUUUGUUUGAGUAAGACUUGGCACGAGCUUACAAAUCACGGCUACUUUAAUACACAGAGAACGUCAUUUAUGCUCAUCUUCAACCUCUAUUGUACAAAAUUCGCUACAAUUUGACUCUCUGACAUGACUGUUUGUUAGAAACACAUUUUAUGAACCAACUUGAGAUAAAUUCGCUCCUAUAAAUUGUAUCUUUGAGCAACAGUUGUUUGUUAGGAGAGGUCGAAAACGUUUUUGUAAGUGAUGUUAGUGAACGGGAAAGUUGACGAUUAAUUUGGUUCGCUUUGCAGAAAGUCCUUUAAUUUAAAGAUCCGUUUUUUUCUUGAGAACAGCAGCCUUUUUAAUUAAGAGAAAAGAAAUAGUAUAAAUUAAAAAUAGUAAUCUUACUUCAUUUCUUAUAAGUGCAAAGUCUUUGAAAAAAAUGAGAAUACAAUAUUUAGUCAUUCGAAUAGGUCUGUUUAUCUCUAAAAGAGUAAUCCUUAAAGAGCUCUUUUUUCAUAUCCGCAUCUUAGCUUUUUAGUGUCUGUCAAGGCCAUGAUAAAUCUCGGCCUCAGUUCUGUACUUUGUCUCUGUUCUUGAUCUGCCGGUUCCGAGGGACUUAGUGUCGUUUGGAUGCCGAGAUGCUUUAACAUAACCGUAAUUGCGUCGAGAACUUUAUUAAAAUCAGGACAAACUGUUUAUAAGCAUGUAAAGAGGCGUUGAUGCUUAACCUUUAAUAUAAAUGCCGCUAGCAAAUUUUGGCAGAUUUAAAAGCUGCAAAUGGGCGGGCGAUAACCCUAAGCCAAAAGCGUCUUAACUUAUUAAUUCCUCUUUAAUAAAGGAAAAAUUAAUAAUGCUGGCCUAUAUGGAUUAGUGUAAGACCAGGUCGCUCGCUUUAAGCGACUGAAGGUUUCAGCUGCAUUUUCUCGCCAUUUUAUUUUGGUAAAAAGUUAUUUCCGUGCAUAAGGUUCAAUGUCAGUCUUUUUUUCUUAAGUACCUUGAAAUGUUGUUCCGACAACAAGCUCACGUGGUACAUGUUAAUUCUUGCAUCUUGCUGCUUUCUGUGUGGUUUUAGACUGAGCCAACUCGUUUCUUGCCAAAUUUUCCUCCACUUAACUAAAAAUAUAAACCAAGCUUUUGUUCGAAAUGCGCGAUCGUUUUAACCGCCUUGGUUAUACUUCUUAGUUUCUUUAGUUGAAAAAAAAGUAAAAAUUCCUUUUGGGAUCCAACUCUAGCAUAAGAGAUGACUUGGGUUACGUGCUGGUCCUGAAAAACUUCUCUUUUUAGUUAAAUCUUGAGUUGUGCCGUAUGAACUUCAUAUGUAGACGUUAAUCUGUACUCAGCGCUCUCCCGGUAGAGGUUCCUCUUUGAAAUUUUUCUAAAAUCUGUCUAGUUCUCGUUAAUUUAGCAUCUUUAUUUAAGCAAUGCAGUUAAUUUUAAAAUAGCUUUGCGUGUUUUGUAUAAAGUUUUAUUUGUGAAGACUUUGUGUGGUGAUGUGGGUCAUCUUUUGUGUUAAGUCAGUUGAUUAUAUAUUCUGACCAACCUUUCGAUGCUCCUCGGAGCGAAUAAGUACCACAGUUCAGACGACUUAUCAGUAGCAUGCCGGAAACCUUUUUUGUAGCUCAUGUCGUAGAAAUACCUCUCAAGACAGACAAGAUCCCGCAAUUUUCUGCAAAUGAAAUCAACGGUAGCACCAGUGCUGUUUUUACAAGCACAGGCUCGGUGUUUAAGUAAAAACGCCCUCGGUCACGAAGGGGUGAAAAAGCGAGUAAAUGCACACUGUUAUUCCUCAAAAAAAAAAAACCCUGAACCGUGCAAAGAAAGCACAUGAGAAAUACAGCACGGCAAUAAAAAGAGCAGGUAUCAGGCCGCACAAUAAAAGUAUCCUAAACAAACGUUAUUAAAGUGGAGGCAAUGGAGAACGAUCCAAAGUUAGGUGCAUGUUACCUACGUGUACGACCUAAACUGUGAACUUGAUGUCGUUAAAACUGGUCAGUAUUAAGUGGUGUGAUUUACACAAGGAGUGGUUCAUUUAAAAAGAAACCGUUCAACGAAAAUAGAUUGUAUUCCGAACUUAGAAAUGUUUGUUUCGUAAUAGGUCACAAACAGAAGCACGUGGAGCGUGAUUCUCGCGAAGAAGUCGACUCGGACGGUCCCGUUCACCCUUCAGAUGUGUUCUGUUGUGUACCGGGCAGGCUGUCUCUUCUUAGUUCUACAUCAAAGUACAAGGUCACAGUUGGCGAAAUCCGCAGGCGACUCUCACACCCCGAGUGUCUGAAUGCUUCGCUGCUGGGUGGAGUGCUUCGGAGGUAUGUGCGUGAUCAACGGCAAUUGAUGAAAAAAAAAAAUCAAAAUCGUCAGAUGACAAGCUUGCGACAGAGAAAAGGAAUUGAAUUGUUUUCUUUCUUUACCAGGGCCAAGUCUAAGAAUGGGGGUAAAAGCUUGCGUGACAAGCUAGAGAAGAUCGGUCUGUCACUUCCGGCGGGGAGAAGGAAGGCAGCACAAGUCACGCUACUUACAUCACUGGUAGAAGGUAAGUAUUGAAACUGUUAUUUCUGUUAGGGGGUUUCGUAGCGGUGUAUAGCAGGUAUAAGCCGUGAAUUUUGAUGAAAUAGACAUAAGAGGUUAUUCGCAGGGAGGUGAUAUAGUUACAGCAAGAAACUCGUUGCAUUCUUAUUUUUAAUCGCCAUUUCUUCAGUAACUACUUUUAGAGUUAUUUUAAUAACCUUUAUAGUCACCUGUAAGAAAGCUAUUGGAUAAUUUUUCAUUUAAAUAUUUAAAUAUAGGAGAGAAGAUUUUAUUUACCCCUGUUUAAAUUGCAAGGUACCUGGAAGAAAAAACUCCUGUCCUUUCAAAGUUGUUUUUUUCAGGUGAAAUUUAGUCUGGAACUUGGCGGUGACUCCGAUAAAGUCAGUCCUGAUGUCUGUUUUGUUUGAUCUUAUUGUAGGCGAGGCAGCUCAUUUAGCCGCAGAUUUUGAUUACGUAUGUGAAUCUGAAUUUCCUGCUGCACAGCUGGCCGAGAGACAGUACAGACAACACGCAGAACCAUCCCAGCAACAAUCUAGGAAAAACGCCAUACUCGCGGCAAAGUACGUAUUUCUUUCUUUAGUUAAUUAGCAAGUAACUAAGGAUUUGCACACUAUACCGGCGCCACGGAAAUCUACCCGGCAUACGGCAUGAACAACAACGGCCCAGGGUGGCACAAGUGGUUCACACACAUCGAAGAUUGUGCCGGCACAGUUGGCCGAGAGGGUUUGGAGCACUAAACUGUAGUCUUCACUCCUUAAUAUUUACUUCUGUCUCAGUGGGGUUUAGUCCUCGCUCCAACUUAUUUACUUCCGCGACGGGCCGAAUGGAUCAGUGUUCACACUGUACGUGGCACAAAACCUACCUCCGAUGUGUGACGCUCCACUUUCGAGAUCGGUUCGGCGUAGCUUCGCUCCGUCACAGAAAUCGCGCCUCCCCAACUGUUCUUGUGCGUAAACAGAAGCCUUAUCCGGCGGGUCUGAUUUUCGAGGCGGCGCAAAAGCUAUGCAGUAUAGUGUUCAAAUAGCCUAAGUCGCUGUAUGAUUCUCUAGUUAAAAGCUCUCAUGUAGGUUCUAAAGGAAUGCAAAAUGCACGCUAAUUCUGUUUCUCAUCUAUCUCCGCAUUGCCGUUUUACUCCUUUCAUUUGCCUUCGUAUUCAGGGGCGUAUCUAGGGGGAGGGUGCAGGGGGUGCGCACCCCCCCCCCUGCGCUCCCCUGAGAUGACCUGCGGUUUUCUAAUACAACUGGUAUUCUGCAAAAAAAAAAGCUAUGUGGUUUAUUGGUGUUGAAGUAGAGCAAGAGACGAGUGCACCCCCUCCUAAAAAAAAUCCUGGAUCAGCCCCUGGUAUUCCUUUUUUUUUACUUCUCUCUAUUUGAAAAUUUGGAGAACUGAAUGCUAUGUCACACUACACCAUACGAUGUUGAAAUAAACGUUAAGUUCUCUCAAUGUUUGGUAUUCAUGUAUCUCCUUUCUUUCAGACAAUUGACAAAAGAACUUCAAGACGUUCUUGCACAAGACCCCUACCCUAAGACCAGGCUACCCAACAGUAAUCUACCGGACUCCAUCUUACGAAGCCUUAAUCAGUUUGGACUCGUGACUCACGGUUUUGGGUCGCCGGCUAUUAAUGCCGCCAUGAAUGCUUUCCAAGCAUACUUAGGUGAACUGCUUAAAUUACAUGAAGGAAACGUCCCAUCGAGUGGAAACACAGGAGGUAGAAAUCAAAAUAUUGUUAAAAAUGGCGAGGCCUGAUUGGAUGUUAUAUAUUAUCAACAGUUACUGUACAUUUAGAGAAGAAAUUAAAUUUGUACCCAUAGAUAGUGUAUUACAUUGCAGAACGACUGGCAUACGAAGCCACUGUCCCCGGACUUUAAACAUGUAUAGAAUAUAUUAUAAUCAUAAACGACAGAGAGAAAAAUGUGCUACUUUCUCUAUUCAGUAAUAGACUGGACAGAGGAGUGACCGGGUGGGUCGGUAAAUCCCCCCCGGAGGGGGAACUCCCAUGUGGAAAAUGCGGGGAUACUCGUCGGGAAAUUUGAAUCAGACCCCGAAAAGAUAACAUUGUGGGAGUGCCUAAAACUUAUUGUUUCUCCUAAAAGAUAGUAAUCGAAAAGAGAGAGCCAAAUAGAGCUAUAGCAAUCUUAACUGCGGUAAAGAAGUUGUUGAUUUUUUCUUUUUCUUUCUUUAUUUCCUGACGCACAGCCGUAAGCAAAACCCAUGUGGGUAAAACCACUGGCGUUUUGAACACUCUAAGUGAAACUAAAAUAAGCAAUUUGCACUCCUAAACAAGACCACGGGCAUCCUCGCCCUUUCUAAGGGGAAUCCCCCAGGAAUUAAAUCUCAGAAAACAAUAUAUUUGUGGCUAUUUGUAAUAAAUCAGUUAAACUCUUAGCUAUUCUUAAACAUUCAGUCAACUGAGGCUGCCUCCAUUCGAGUCCGUGCACUGUACGCUGGUAAAUUCGUAUGAAUUUAAACGUUUCCUUAAGAACUUAUCCAUUCUAAGGAUGGCUUGUUCCAUGCUCUCAAGACAAAGAAAAAUGAGAAAGCUAGACUUUAAAGAAAAGAGAAAGGAGGAAGAGAAGGCGGGUUGGACUGUGGGCUCCUCCGAUCCCAGGGCGUUCGCUCUUCUUUUCGCUCGUCCUAACGAACUGAGGGCUUGGAGCAGUCCACUUUAAAGACUGAAAAAUAUCCGUUAGUGUGGACCUGAAUCGUAAGUUUGUAUGCUUUCCACAUGGCCUACGAGCAAGCUCUGCAUUUGGGGGAGUCGCGAGAAGUCUCUCGUGAGCUGCACAGAAAGGAUACGUUUCACCACUCGCUCGCGCGUUUUCUGGCGACUCGCUUCCCUCGCCGGACACGGAGAGCUUGCUCGCAGUUAGUUACUUUUCAUCCAGCUUUUAUAGCAGUGCAAUAUUCAUCCGCAGCGGACAGUUUUUAACGUUUGGUCAAUUUCCAGGUACAAGUUGGCCUCGUCCAAACCCUCGGCGACCUUUUAGGAGUGUAGUGAUCCAAGAAAUUAUCUUUUUGUUAUGUUUUAAAAUUCCAGUUGCUAUCAAUAUUUUGCUGUUGCGUUGUAAAAUAUUUAUUUAACAUUCUUGUGAUAUAUAUAUCAAAAUGGUUUCUUUGCACAUUGAGAAUAAUCCUUUGCUAUGAUCCCACACUCAGGCCCUAUGACAUUUUAUUUGUUCGCGUGAUCGUAGGUUGCAUUUGCGCUUAAGGCUAUUCCUUUUUCUGGUUUAGGAAUUAUCAUAAAUUUUGUGUUAAAACACUCUCGAUUGAGAGUUUAAAGUUUAGCCUUUUAAGUCCUAACGGUGAUCAACAUCAAUUUUCUCCUAACACAAUCAGUACAGAGUAUAGAUAAAAAGUUAUGAGAAUCAAUGGGAUGAUCACCAAAGGGAAAGUGUUUUGAUUUUUUUAACAAAUUCCACCUCAACUAACUCUUUAAGAAAAUGUGUGGAGAUCAGUCUGGGGGAAUUUGUAUAUUGGGACUUCAAGGGUUAACAAACGGUUCCAUUUCUUCUUCUGAAUCAACGCCUCAUGCACCGAACUUCUGCUUAAAAAGAGAGAGAACUGAUUUGCACAAAACGCGAUUUUCUAUUUAAAAGUUAUUUAAAAGAUUCUUUGCGAUGUGUUACGCCAAAAGCGAACUAGCUAUAUGAACCUUCUCUUACAAGAAAGUGAAUAAUUGGUUUUGGUUGUGGGAUGGGAAAACGUCUUGCAUCGAAGCUCCUUUGCCAAUUGACUGAUAAAUGAUAAGGCUUUUAAGCAAAAAAAAUAGUAAAUAUAAAAGUUUAAAUUAAGAAAUCCUUAAAAUCACUUUUGUGCAAAUUGGAAUUUCUUUAUAAGAGAAGCCGUUGGACGUACUCUCAGUUUUUUAUUUGGGUCUUUGGGUAGCGAUGGGCUUAAUGCUUCUAAGCUAAAAUGUGUUCGCAAAAAAUAUUACAAAUUAGAAUUCAGAAAUAAUAAGUAAAUAAAGAAAUUAUACUUCAGUGGAUCACUUGUGAUCAAAAUACAUGCGUUGUUCAGGUUAUUUUGUUAAAGCUAUAUCUUUGACUAACAUGUGAGCAGAGGUUACUGACCGCCAUUUUCGGGGAGUGAACCGCUCUUAGGGUAAUCUUUGAUUUGCUUCUCAAGAGGACCCAACUUCCCAAUUUCUCCGUGUACAAUUCUACAAUAAUUUCAAACAGUCAGAAUAAAGACUAACAUAAACCAGA